GAAUACCGUAAAGAGUAGAAAAGUGUUCGGUCAGCUGUGUCGCACGUUUUGAUUUCCAUUCGCUGUUUGCUGUUGGAUUUCGGAAAAUGGGAGGCCACCACAAGAAGAAUCUGCGUGCCGAGAAGGCCAAAGUUAAGCUCAAGGGAGCCAAGCUGCCCAAGGGUCUCAAUGUGACCAAGACCGACUUUAAGGUGCGCAAGAUCGAGAUCCGAGAGCAGCUCAAGGAGACGUCGUACACCGAAACUGGCCAGCGGCAGCUCAACCUUAAGGAGACCCUGUCCCGGCUGAAACAUCACAGCUUCAAGUUCCGCACGGAUGCCAUGCGCAAUGUGCGCGAGUCGGUCAAGUCCGGCCAGGCCGAUCAUCUCAUCGGCCACCUCAACGAACUCUUCCAGGGCAUCGCCGCUGGCGCCCUCGACAUGGAGCACAGUGUACGGCAGGAGUCGUUCAAGACACUCGAUGUGCUGCUGGAGGUACUGCAUCCACAGGCUGUGGCGCCCUUCUUCCAUGUGAUUUCGACCUAUCUUAAGUGCGCCAUGACCCACAUCCAUCCCACCAUACAGGAGGACUCGCUGCUGAUGCUGGACGUGCUGAUGCUGCGAGUGCCACCCUCACUGCUGGCGCAGCGCAGUGCCAGCACCAUUGUGGGAAACUUCAUUGACAUGAUCUCGCGCUCCCGCCACGACAACGAGAAGUCAAAUCGCACGCUCACCAUGAACCUGGGCCACGGCAAGCAGACGACCGUCAAGUGGCGGACCAAGGUGCUGCUCCGCCUUCAGCAGAUACUCGCCACACUGGCGCAACACAGCGCCAAGACAGCCAGCACCAAGUAUACAGUUCAUGUCGUUAAUUUUGAUGAAAACCGUGCCAACUAUUAUGGUCUGCUCAGCCCGUACGCGCAGGACACCCGCGACUUGUAUGCCAUCCUCCACGAGCCCAAGCUGAGCGCAGAGGGUGCCCAGCUGCAGACGUAUGUGGAGCAACUGAUGCCCCUGCUGCAUGACAGUUGGCUGGAGGUGAGGCCGCAGCAACAGCAGCCCCUCCUGCCGCCGGAUGCCUCGGCCAGCCUCUACGUUGUGGUCAACCUGAUAAGCCAGCUGUGGACGCUGAUCAACCAGCACGAGGCAGCGAACAGCACCAACGAGCUGAGCCUCUGGCUCAGGCAGAAUCAUUCUAAAAAGUUUCUAAAGAACUUCCUCGAGCAGGACGGCCGUCGCUUCCCCUACCAGCAGAUGCCGCACACUCAGCCAAAGGGCAAGAAGUUGGCCAAAGAGAAGGGUCCCGCCGACGGCGGCGAGCAGUGCCUGCCCCAGAACAUGGCCAUUGUCCAGAUAGCCUGCCAGUUCUACCCAGAUCCGAGCGAAAAGCAGGCCACGGUCUUCGUCCACCUCGUUCAGUAUAUGAACGAAACACUGAAGCAGCUGGAAAAGCUGACGCCGGAGCACCAGCUGCCUCUGGUCACCGCCCUGCGUUCGCUGCUGCUGGACAACUCGCUGGCGCUGCACAAUCUGAUACCAGAGCAGUUGACGAGUCUACUGCAGGCCUCCAUGCUGGCGUAUGUCGAACAGCGCUAUGCCACGCGCGAGGACGAGGAAGUCGAGAUCAAGGCAGUGGAGUCGGAUGCCGAAGCCCUGGACAGCUGGGAGACCUUCCACGAGCGCAUCGAUUCCCUCAUCGUAAACGAGCACUGCGAUGCGCCCAUACGCAAACUGGACGAACGUCGCCGGACCAUACUGGGCACGGUGCGCAAUCAGUUCCAAACCGCACCCAAGGGCACAGCCGAGCGGUGUGCGACAGAGAAGCCACUGAUCGAUCAGCAGCUGGAGCUGUCUAGUCAGCGGCUAGACGAGCUGGUACGCUUUGGCGACGAGCUCGUCACCAAUGUGCGUGUGGCCAAUGAGCGACGAGAGCUGAACCGGCGUAUGUUUGAGGCCACGCAGCAGGCGCAGACGCAGGUGAUGCUGCAGCGCGAGAGCAUCGAGAGUAUGGCCAAGUUCGAGGACAUUAAGGCACGCUGGACGGAACUGGAGGACAUCAACGAGCCGAUGAUGCUCUGGGACCAGAUCGAGGACCAAAAGAAGCGCAUCGCCGAGAUAAUGCAGCGCAAGGAUGAAAUGAUUGACGCCUGCCAGAAGGAGGUCGAUCGCAUAAAUGCCAAAUACGACUUCGAUCGGGAGCGUCAGGCACAAGACCUGUGCUGCCUGGUGGAGCGCGUUGACCACCAGGUGGAGGUGCUGAAGGAGGCCUACAAACAGCAUCUGCAAAUGCUUCGCCACACCAUCGAGGAGGAGCGCCAGUUGUUCGCCGUCAGUGCCGUGGAGAAGUGGCGCACCUUUUUCGAUGCCCUCAACAAGAAUUUUGAUGAGAAGGCCAAUCUGGUGCGCACCCGCCAGCAGUUCUAUGCCAAUCAGACGCAGCACAUCAACGCCUCCCAGGAGGAGUUGACCAAGAGCACACGCAUCCGCCUGGACAAGGAGUGCGAGCGCCUGGAGUUGGAGCUGCGACGCACGCGCGACAACGUGCUUAUGAACUCGGAGAAGCUCGACUACAACUAUCAGGUGCUGCAGAAGCGCAACGAGGAGAACGUGAUCAUCAACAACCAGCAGAAGCGGCGGGUGGCCCGCCUCUAUGAAUCGAUUGGACGCAUUCGUCGCAGUCUGAAGAAUCUUUAUCUUACGGGCAAGCGGAACAUAGAUCGCCUGUCCCAGGACAUCUAUAAACUGCACGCCAAUAUUCACGAUAUGGAGCUGAAGGCCCACCAGGCGCGCCUCAACAACAAGGAGAAGUUCAAUCGCAUUUGGGAAAUCAACUUUAAGGAGCUGAACCUGCUCGUGGAUCGUGUCUAUCACAUCGACCGCAUCGUUCACGAGCAACAGCUGGCCCUACCCUGGAAACGUCCCAUUCCGCCGAUAGAGAACAUCAACAAGACGCGCCAGAAGCACAACAACGUCUUGGAGCGAUUCGAUUUGCGCAUAGGUCGGGUGCCUAAGAACCGCGUGGUGAACAAGACUGGAGGCAAGUUUAAGGCGGACAUCAAAGAGCUGCCAGUUGAGUCGUUGCGCCUGAUGCGGAACCUGGUCCGAAAGCUGGCGGACCGCGGUGGCUUUCUCAUCGAGCAGCGGCUGAUCAAGAUACUCGAGCCCUAUUCGGAGGAGGACAAGUGCCUGGUGCGGCUGGACAACAUAUUCGCUGCACUGCGAAUUCAACGCCUGUCCGAUGUCCACGAGUUGACCCAGGUCUUUCUGCCCUACACUUACUGUCCCAACUGCCAGCCCGGCGGACUGAGUCCGCGCAAGUGCGCCGAGGUGUUUAUGAAGCACCAGAAGUCCAGCCGACUGGACCCGGACGUGCACGCUCAGCUGGACGAUGAGGAGCUGCAUCGCGAACAGGAGCCCCAUAUGGAUACGUUAAUGGUGAAGGGUUAUGAAAUGUCCAAAGUCUGCAAGAAUCACUAUCUGGUGAUGGAGCCGGCCCUGUGCCUGCACGCCAUGAAUCUGUACACGACAAAGAUGCACAAGCAAAUGUACCACAACAUGCCCGGCCGCCAAUCGAUCGCUGUCAACUUAAUCCAGUUCUCCGACGACGAUAUUCGCAAUUUCUGGCGCAAGUUUAUCGGCUGCUUCCCUCCGGCCAAAUGCAAGCUGUGGAAGACCCUCGAGCAUGGCCUCAAUCACUACGUGGAGGUGCUGAAGAUGCGCGUCCAGUACGACGCGGAGGUUGUGUUCUUGCGCCGCCAGAACGAAGAGCUGCGCCAUCUGCUGCAGAAGUUUAAAGUAUAAUCUUUAUUA